AUUCAUCAAAUUGGCACAGGGACAUUUGCAUACCGUGUUUUGUCGUAAGAGAAACCGCUAGUUUAGCUCGACGUACUGCGCGUCCCUCUCGGGUUUUCAAGAAAUGGAGGCUGAAGAUGCAGAUUAUCGCUUGAGUGAAAAUCGUGGUUCCGCUGGUUUAUUAGACACGACUGCAUCAUUGCAUUGCUGGCAAGAAUAACAAGAUGUUUUGAUUUAUCUUGAAGGAAGCUCAAAUAAUUACUACCAGAUAUAGUUUAUCUAACGUUACUCUCUCAUUGCCUCCCGUUAUCUUCACGAGUGGAACUAUCUUCUCAUCAUCAAAAGCGGAUUCUUGUGGACUUUUUACUUGGUUUAAAGAAUCGGCGCAUUUUGCUGCAUUUUAUUGCGUCACGACCUUUAUAUUUUUGGGGAAUUUAAGUAAUACAUUAGGAAUGAGAUCUGGAACAGCGAGGGAUGUUUGGACCUUAUUUUGGGGUCCUCUGCUGUUUCUCCUCACCAUUUGCCCGUGGUCUACGCAUGGAGAAGUCUGUGGUCCUCACAUUGACAUUCGCAAUGACAUCAGUGAGUUUAAGAAGCUGGAGAACUGCACGGUGGUGGAGGGCUACCUGCAGAUCCUCCUCAUUGGAGACAAGAAUAACAACCUCAACCAGGAGCACUUUCGCACCCUGUCCUUCCCCAAGCUGACCAUGGUGACGGACUACCUUCUCCUGUUCCGUGUCUCCGGCCUGGACAGCCUCAGCGUGCUCUUCCCCAACCUCAAUGUCAUUCGAGGACGCAACCUUUUCUACAACUACGCCCUGGUCAUCUUCGAAAUGACUAGCUUGAAAGAUAUCGGCCUUUACAACCUGAGGAACAUCACCAGAGGCGCCAUCAGAAUCGAAAAGAACCCGGAGCUUUGCUACUUGGACUCGGUGGACUGGUCCCUCAUUAUGGAUGCCGAGUUUAACAACUACAUUAAUGGGAAUAAGCAGUCCAAGGAGUGUGGAGAUGUUUGUCCAGGUAUAAUGGAAGAUAGGCCGCAAUGUAUCAGGACCAGCUUUAAUGACAACUACAGCUCCCGCUGCUGGACAUCGAACCACUGCCAGAAGGUGUGUCCAGAGAAAUGUGAGAAGAGGGCGUGCACAGAUUCGGGUGAGUGCUGUCAUCCUCAGUGCCUGGGAAGCUGCACCAAACCAGACAACGAUAUGGCAUGCGCCGCCUGCCAGCAUUACUUUCACGAGGGCCGUUGUGUUGAGCACUGCCCACCAGACACCUACAAGUUUGAAGGCUGGCACUGCAUAACCAUGGACAUGUGUGCCCACGUUCACCUGCCCAACGAGGUGGACUUCGUCAUCCACAACGGAGAGUGUAUGCCGGAUUGUCCACCCGGAUUUACCCGAAAUGAGACUCAAAGUAUGUUUUGCAAAGCAUGUGAUGGAUUGUGUGAUAAGGUCUGCGAAUCUAAAACAAUUGACUCGGUGGAUGCCGCUCAGUCCCUGCAGGGAUGUACGGUCAUCAGAGGCAACCUGCACAUUAACAUCCGGCGGGGCAAUAACAUUGCAUCAGAGCUGGAAAGUUUCAUGGGUUUGAUCCAGACGGUUACUGGAUAUGUAAGGAUCAAACACUCGCACACUCUGGGCUCGCUGUCCUUUCUCAAGAGUCUUCGAUACAUAAAUGGGGAAGAGCUCACUGAACAGAUGUAUGCGUUCUCUGCGGUGGACAACCAGAAUCUGCAGCAUCUGUGGGACUGGGGCCAGCACAAUCUGACUAUUAAAAAUGGGAGAUUAUUCUUCCGCUUCAAUCCCAAACUUUGCAUGUCUGAGAUCCGGAAAAUGUGGGAGAAAACGGGUGUCAAGGAAAAGAUGGAAGAGGAUGAUGUUCGUGGCAAUGGAGAAAGAGCAAGUUGUGAGAGUUAUAUUCUACAGUUCACGUCCCACCAGACUCAGAGUACUCGGAUAAAGCUCACUUGGGAGCGAUAUCGACCGCCAGACUACAGAGACCUCAUGAGCUUCAUAGUCUAUUUCAAGGAGGCACCCUUCCAGAACAUCACAGAAUUUGAUGGACAAGAUGGGUGUGGCUCUAACAGCUGGAACAUGGUGGACGUGGACCUCCCUCAGGACAAGUCACAAGAUCCAGGGGUGCUUCUGUCACCUCUGAAGCCCUGGACACAGUAUGCAGUCUUUGUGAAAGCUGUUAUCCUGGUUGUGGAGGACAAACACAUUCUGGGAGCUAAGAGUGAGGUGGUCUACAUCCGCACCAAUGCCUCUGCGCCAUCAAUGCCUCUUGAUGUCCGUGCGUAUGCCAACUCCUCUUCAUCCCUGUUGGUGAAAUGGUCACCUCCUAUCUCUCCCAACGGAAACAAAACCUUCUAUCUACUCCGCUGGCAGCAGCAAGCAGAGGAUCGUGAACUUUACCAGCAUAACUAUUGCUCUAAAGAGCUAAAGAUUCCCAUCCGCAUCUCGGCCACGGCUUUGUCAGACAUCGAGGGAGACACCAAGCCAACCAAGUCGGACGCGGGCGGUGGUGAGAAGGGCCCGUGCUGUCCCUGCCCGAAAAACAAGGAGGACUUGGAGGCAGAGGCUGAAGACCGUUCCUAUCGCAAAGUCUUUGAAAACUUCCUUCACAACUCCAUCUUUACACCACGACCUCCGGACCGAAAACGCAGAGACCUCUUUGGGGUUGCCAAUGGUACGCUGCUACAAGGUGCGAGCAGGAACUUCACCGUCCUGGAGGGCAACCUCACAGACUCCGAGUUGCAUGACAAAGAGUACCCUUUCUCAGAAGGCACAGUCCACACUGAGUUGAUGGAGAUAUCCAACCUUCAGCCCUUUACUGUGUAUCGCAUCGACAUCCACGCCUGUAACCACAAGGUCCACCGUUGCAGCGCAGCAGCUUUCGUCUUUUCCAGAACCAAACCUGCAGACAAAGCGGAUGAUAUUCCCGGCAUCGUGACUCAGGAGAGGGAUGAGAAAACAGAGGGAUCUGUACUACUGCGGUGGCCGGAACCGCAUCAUCCCAACGGACUGAUCCUGAUGUACGAAAUCAAAUAUCGUCUGGGAACCGAGCCGGAAAAGCAUGAGUGUGUAUCACGGCAACAAUAUCGGGUGCUGCGAGGAGCUCAGCUGACCAAUCUCGCUUCUGGAAAUUAUUCGGCCCGGGUCAGAGCCACUUCACUGGCAGGAAAUGGGUCAUGGACUGAACCAGUGUCAUUUUAUGUGCCACCCCCCAAAGGAAAUUAUGAUAACGCCUUCUUUCUGGCCAUCAUCAUCCCAAUUGUAGCACUAGUGUUGCUUCUAGCAGUGGUCACUGUGGCCAUCUUUGUGACCAAAAAGAGGAAUAGUGACAGGUUAGGAAACGGUGUCCUCUACGCUUCAGUUAACCCUGAAUACUUCAGUCCUUUUGAAAUGUAUGUACCGGAUGAAUGGGAAGUGGCUCGGGAGAAAAUCACCAUGUGUCGUGAGUUGGGCCAGGGCUCCUUUGGUAUGGUGUACGAGGGCAUCGCUAAGGGCGUCGUGAAAGACGAACCUGAGACCAGAGUGGCCAUCAAGACUGUAAAUGAAUCAGCAAGUAUGCGCGAACGCAUCGAGUUUUUGAAUGAAGCCUCGGUCAUGAAGGAAUUCAACUGUCACCAUGUGGUGCGAUUGCUGGGUGUGGUUUCACAAGGCCAGCCCACUCUAGUGAUAAUGGAGUUGAUGACACGGGGUGACCUGAAGAGCUACUUGCGUUCUCUUCGUUCGAAUGAGCAGGGAUCGAGUAGUCAAGCUCUGCCCCCGCUGAAGAAGAUGAUACAGAUGGCUGGGGAGAUAGCGGAUGGGAUGGCAUACCUCAACGCCAACAAGUUUGUCCAUCGAGACCUGGCUGCCAGGAACUGCAUGGUUGCUGAGGACUUUACAGUUAAAAUAGGAGACUUUGGCAUGACACGAGACAUCUACGAGACAGAUUACUAUAGAAAAGGGGGGAAAGGACUGCUGCCAGUUCGCUGGAUGUCCCCGGAGUCUUUGAAAGAUGGCGUGUUCACCACAAAUUCUGAUGUCUGGUCAUUCGGAGUGGUUUUAUGGGAGAUCGCCACUUUAGCCGAGCAGCCCUACCAAGGCAUGUCCAACGAGCAGGUCCUUCGAUUCGUCAUGGAGGGAGGACUCCUGGAUAAACCGGACAACUGCCCUGACAUGCUGUUUGAACUGAUGCGGAUGUGCUGGCAGUACAAUCCUAAGAUGCGUCCAUCUUUCCUGGAGAUCAUCAGCAGCAUAAAAGAGGAGCUGGAGCCGCCUUUCCCGGAGGUCAGCUUUUUCUACAGUGAGGAGAACAAGCCCCCCGACACUGAGGAACUGGACAUGGAGGUGGAGAAAAUGGAGAACGUUCCACUGGAACCUGCUUCCACACUGGGCCCCUCCUCUCAGGGGAGCACAGGGGCUCAGACCCAAAGCCCACAACCUCUCUCCGCAGCUCAGGGGCCUGGCACACCGAUGGGGUCCGCCCCGACCCCCUCCACCUCACCCCCCUCCUCUUCCUCAGCCUCUCCUGGCCUGGCCUUAGAGAAGCACUCAGGACAGGUGGCAGCAAACGGGCCAGUGGUACUGCUGGGACCGGCGUUUGAUGAGACUCAACCCUAUGCACACAUGAACGGGGGAAGGAAGAACGAGCGAGCGCUCCCACUGCCUCAGUCAUCGGCCUGCUGAUCCUUACCCUCAAAAACUCCUCAUACAGGGUACCCACAUGUGUCUCUCCCCAUGCCUUUUAUGGUCUUACGCGUUUCCUUUUGUUUGAGGAGUCUGACCAGACCGUAUUCUUCCUGGAUUAUUUCGUUUUUAAAUGAUUUCAAAUGAGGAGGAUACAAAAAAUACUCUCGCAAUAUAUUUAAGAUUUCAGAACAAACCACCACACUGGAGAGCCCUGGCUUUCGCUUGUGUAAUAUUUUCCUAAAGGAAGAAAACCUGCCAGUUAAUUGUGAAACAAGAGACAAGCAUAUUAGCCAGCAAGCCCAUGUGUGUGUGUGUGUGUAUGCUUACAAGUGUGUUUUUAUACAAAAAUACACAUUCCCCUUCUCGGCGCAGUACAUUUCUUCCUAUAAACGCUUGUGUCUUUGUGUCAUCACAUUUCUUUUUGGAGCAAAAGCCGAGAUCACGUGCUUUCUGUCAGUGGGCGAGAGCUUGGACGCAAUGGUUGUUGCGGCACCUUCCUACUUAGUGCAUUUCAAGGGUGUCUGUAAAAAAGUCCGGUGGGCUUUUUUGAAACUGCCAAAUUUUUGCCAAAUCAAAUUUCCUUGUACAAAAAAAAAUCAAAGAGAAAGGUAUUUAUCAUUACAUAACCCGAUUCCCCAUGCACAGCCGAUUUUCUAGGUUGCACUUUGAAUUAGCGCUAAACUCUCACGCUGUCUUUUGAUGGGCGAUUUUUGGGCCUCAUCUUUUACAAUCAGCCUGAGUUUGUAAAUCCUUCCCUUUUUAUAUGGCUCUGAUCUCCGACUAUUGCAUGGCAGUUCCUGCUGCACACUCCAUCUAUGAGCUGAGCCCUGUCAGAGUGAUGUCUCAAGUCAAAAGGAAUGGGCGCGGCGCUGAUCGUGAAAGUGAAGAGAUCUGCACGCCGAAGAGAGUCAGAAAUAAAAAAUAUAUAUAAGGGAUUGGCCGAGUACUGAAGCUGCCUAAAUAUGGCGGCUUUAUCUGUUUGAUGAGAGAAGUGAGGCAUUGUACACAGCAGGUAUUUUUUAGACUAGUCAUUAGUCUCUCUGUACUAUUCAUAUGAUUCUAAGAAGGGUCUUACAGUUGUAUGUUAGACCUCGAGAUCAUUUACAAUUUACGCAAAUCAUUGGUUCGAGUCACUUUUGAUAACUUUUUUACAGUUCUGGUGUUCACCUCUUUGUCUGUACAGAAAGAAGCUGCUAUUUUGUUUUUCUUUUGUGGGUGUUAUACAUAUAUAAAUCCUUCAGGUUUAAUAUUUUAUGAUAUCUCCACUACAGUCCAUUUUCUUAUGCUUUGUACUUAUCUUGCAAAAAAAGAAAAAGAAAAAAAAAACAGCUUUUCAAAGUUUUUUUUUUGUUCUCCCUCCCUAGAAGUUUUUUUUGCAUUGCCACAUGUUCAUUGCCUUUUUUUUUACAUUUCUUUAUUAUUUUUGUUACUAGUUACAGACUCUUUAGCUUCGCAUGUGAACUUUAGGAACCCGUGGAACAGUCGUCUACCAUUGUACCUCUCCAUAAGGUGCAACUCAAUCUCAGGAUAUUGUUUAAGUUUUCUUCAAACAUUCUCAUCAGAGCUUGUACAUUUUUAUUACAAUUCAUCCUUAUUGCUAAACAGUAUAUCCAUGCCUGCUGCAUACAUGAAAGGUUUCAUUUUACUGUACCCCAUGUGAACCCAUCCAUCCGACUGAAUUUCAACUAUAACAGGGCUAAUUCGGUUGUCUUAAUUUAUUUUCAGUACCCCAACCAACCUAUGCGACCUCCAAACGUGGUGCAUUCAACCCACCUCAAUCUAAACGCAUGCACUGAGCGCUAACCUUCCUGAUGAUACAUGGCAUAUGUAACCAAAAAAGAUGGGUUAAUGUCCAGAAAAGUUCUCCGUUUUGAUUACUUCCAAAGUAUGCUAAAGAAAAAAAAGGAGGUUUCCUUGGCUAGUAUUGUUGUGUUUUGAAGGAUUUCUUCGUGUCCAUGGAAUUUUUCCUGUCUUAUAAAGUUAUUUAUUUUUUUGUGAUACCAGUUGAAAUCACUGUACAAAUGCCCUGAUGAUUUAGUUUAAAGAUUUUUAGAUGCAUUUUCCAUGAUGUCAUGACUGGGGGAAUUUCUUUUUUUUUCAUUUCCUUCAGCAUCUAUCUACCUCAUUCUCUUUUAUUUGAAAUGUGUAAGUAUAUGAAAUGAUAAAAUACAUCUCGCUUCCUUUCUCACAAGUUUGUCCGUAGAGACGCCUCAUUAUCCCCUGUUGUAUCUAUAUCUAUAAAUACCACAGAGCGCAUGCUCCCAGAAAUGAAGAGAGAAGAUCAUGGUUUGGGUUAAUGUGCCUAUGGGCUUUCUACUGUAUCUAUCACUUGUCUAUAGAAUCUCAACUGUCCAGAAUAACCUAAAAGAGCAUAUCUUAAGAAUUAUAAAGUCCUGUCACUUCGUUCAAGCCAAAAUAAUCAUCAGAUUGUGAAGCUAUGAUCAUUUAGUUUUAAAGGUAUUAAUGUUGGUUUAAAGGAACACUUCACUUUUUUUGAAAAUAUGCUCAUUUUCCAGCUCCCCUAGAGUUAAACCUUUGAUUUUUACCGUUUUGGAAUCCAUUCAGCUGAUCUCUGGGUCUGGCGCUACCACUUUUAGCAUAGCUUAGCAUAAUCCAUUGAAUCUGAUUAGACCAUUUAGCAUUUUUGGGAACUACGUAAUAUCAUGGCGCCUCCGCAGCCAUGUUACGGCAGCAAAGUCCUUGAUUAUUACGCCAGAAUGAGAGUUUAGUUCCUAGCCAUAUCGGCCUAGAAAAUCGCAACUUUUAAUUUUCCGUGUCUUAGUACACAAUGUAACUACAGAAGAGUCAAGUUUUAAAUAGGAAAAUAUCUAAACUCUUUGGUUAUUUUUUAGCGCGAUGCUACUGGUCUAAUCAGAUUCAAUGGAUAAUGCUAUGCUAAAAGUGGUAGCGCCAGACCCGGAGAUCGUCUAAAUGGAUAAGAAUCAGUUUAACUCUGGGGAGCUGGAAAAUUUGCAUAAUUUCAAAAAAGUGGAGUGUCCCUUUAAGUAUGAUUUAUGAGCUAUACUCUAGCAACGUGAUUCAUUUAAUCCAGCUAAUUUAUAUGAUAGAGGAUUGAUUGUAGAUAAUAAUCAAACCAACAAAAAACAUAAUUCAGCAUCAUAUUUAACUCCUGUUUUAAUGAUCCAAAGUGCCAUGGUUAUCAACAAGCAAUGUUUUGCAUAAUUGGACAAAGAUUCCUAAUUCUUGUUCUAGAUAAAUUGGUAAAUGCAUUUUUGUUUGGUUUUACAAGAAAAUGUACAAUUAAAUAAUGAUGUCAUGAUAAACGUUUAAGUUUCCAUUAGCUUCCACAAUGCUGGAACAAUAUUUUAAGCAUUAAUGGAUCAUGGCACUGAUAUUUCUUUUUAAUCACACUGCUUUGCACAACAAUCUGGAUCUCUUGUUUCUAAGACAGUCAAGUGAAGACCCAUAAUGACUUUAAUGCACACUAUUAACUACAGCUGGUUAAAGUACCACUUUAUUAUAAUGGAAUCAUCCUUCCCUUUAUCUGCAGUCUUCUGUUAUACCAUAUGACUGGCCAAAGAAUCUAAAGAUCUUAUUUAUAUUGUGGAUUUCCUAAAACUUUCUCACAACAAACCAGUGGAUAUUUUCCAUUACCUGGAAAACAUUCCAACUGAUUUGUUACAUCCACGUCUACCAAGUACCAUAUAUCAAGGGCCAAUUGUUAUCCUAAUCACUGACAUUCUUUAGAGAGAAAGGGCUGUAGUUUCACCUCUCUUUUCUACUGCUGCUGACAACAAGCUGCUUUACAAAGACUACGUAGUCUUGCCAAUAGCAUUGGGUAAGUCACGGAUCUAAGCAAAAUGCUUUCUCUCUCCAAAAAAAAAACUAUCAAAUCAAUGGGUCAGACAAUUCAAAUGUACAGUGGAUAAGAAUUUAGAGAGUCGUAUGGCAAAAGCAAAUUCAAAGCCUGUAAUCUUACAACCCCUGGCUGUUCUGUUUUAUGGCACUUAAAAUGUUCUUUUUUUGGAGAUUUGUUAGAGGAACACCAGGGGUUGGAAAUGAGGGCACUUACAGGAAGACCUGGUCGGGAUGCUGUGUUGCUAGAAACAAUAUUAUUCUGUGUGGUACAAAACAUUCUCUAAAAGCCCUUGUGCUUGUAUUGUUGCGUAUGUAUAUGGGUGGGACUGUAUCACAUGUAGAUGUAGUGAUUAAGAUUUUGAUGUGUUUAUAAUGGGAAAAUAAUAGAUAUCACUAUUUAUUUCUGUUUCUUUUUUCUUUCUGUACUGAAUAUGGACAAAAGCAUUGGCCUGUUGCAAAGUGAAUGUCAGUUUUCAUUGAAUGCUGCCAAGGUUUCUUAGUUACAAGUAGGUUACAAUCUAUACACAUUUACACACAGACAUAAAUAGGACAGCGAUGUCCAGUAGAUUACGGGUAGUCAUGACACAGAGAGAAAGAACAUGACUAGAAUUUAAAAAAAGACAAGUUUACAGUAGAAAUAGCAUAUGAUGAAAUACAGGUUUAAGGCAAACCUGAAGGUGGAAUGACUGAACGAUUUCUCAACUAUUAUUAUAUUUCUUCAUAAACCUGCAAAACCUCAGGUUUCGAAAAGAUGCAUGAAUGCAUUUUAAUUGCAAUAAUGAGCUUGAGGUUUCACAGACGUCAUCGCCACGGUUGUUUUUGCUUGGCAUUCUGACAAAUUUCAAAAGGGGCCUUGAUCUACUGUACUGAAAAAAAGACUUUAAUAACACUUAUUGUUUUCCUUUCACAAAAAAAACAUAAAAUCUCUGUGUCAUUGCAUUGAUUGGUAGAAAGUGAUGGUAAAACGGCUUGGCUGGUACUCUUGUCUUCUUGUAAGUUAUGUAUCUAAGGCCUGUUAUUUCAGUUAUUUCUCACCUCCAAAUGGUAGACUUUUUACAUGCCAUUGGCUUAAUGUAUAUCUGAAGAAUUUUCAUGUAUUUUCUUUUUCCUAAAUUUUGAAUUAAAAAAUGAAUGAGUCUGAA